GUCUUCGGUCCCUGUAUAUCAGAGCGAAACGGUGUCUGGGAAAAUCCGCGGAGCUCUCGUGUGCCUAAACUCGACUGUCACUAUCAUCGGCCUCGUUAUCGCUUACUGGCUCGAUUAUGGCAUGUCGUUCCACUCAGGGCCAGCGCAGUGGCGCCUUCCUGUUGGGUUCCAGGCUGUGUUUGCUCUGUGUUUGUUUGUCUAGUGCUUGAUGUUGCCGGACAGCCCACGUUGGUUGAUCGCCCACGGCCGCAGUGACGAAGGCGCCCGUGUGAUUGCUAUGCUAGAAGGCCAUGAAUCGGUAGAUCACCCCGAUGUUCAGCGAGUCAAGGCGGAAAUCGAACACUCGCUGAGCGUUGAGUCAGAAGGAGGUCGGCAGUGGCGCAUCCAUCCCUUACCAUCAUUCUCCAAUUUGAUGUGCUCGGACAGGUCCUUUCCAGUACAAGGAGCUCUUCCAGGGCGGGCCUGUUGGUAAUUUCCGGCGCAUCUGUUUAUGCAUUGGCGUGAACGUCAUGCAGCAAUUCACAGGGGCCAAUAUGAUCAAUUAUCUCGCGCCGGUGGUGUAUCAGAACACCAUGGGUCUAUCCCGGAAUCUCAGUCUCAUUCUCGGCGGAUUCACGGCUGUUACCUAUAUGGUCGCUUCUUUCAUUCCGCUCUGGACCGUAGAUCGCUUUGGUCGGCGCCCGCUGUUGAUGUUUUCCGCUGCCGGCCUUUCUCUGUGCUUCAUCCUGGCGGCGAUCCUUCUGUCCACGGGAACGAAACCGGCUGCCUUCGGGGCCACGGCGAUGGUGUUCAUCUUCCAGAUCUUCCUGGGUAUUGGUUAUCUGCCGAUUCCUUGGUUGUAUCCUGCUGAGAUCAGCACGACACGAAUUCGCGCUCGUGGCUCUGCCAUCUCCAGUUUCUUCAACUGGAUGUGUGUGUUCGCAGUGGUUCAGAUGACACCGCCAGCCAUCGCCAAGAUAAAUUGGCGUGUGUUCAUCAUUUUUGCCGUUUUCAACGCCUGCUGGGUGCCUCUCGUCUACUUCUUUUUCCCAGAGACGAAAGGUCUCGAGUUGGAGGAAAUCGAUGUUAUUUUCGAGAAAGGCGGUAUCACAGGUGGCGUCUGGGACGCCCGGAAGAAUGGCGGAAGGACUGUGCGCGCGCGGCUCACGGAUGACGAGGAGCACCGCAGACGCGAUGAGAAAAACCUGGAGGAGAAAGAGACCGAUAUUCGCGCGGAGAACGCCUGAGAAUGGUAGAUCAUUUGCAACAGCGUGGAAAUUUAGACGUAUCCUUCUGAAGUGGGGCAACGGCUGAAUUCUUCCGAAGCAUCUCCCCCGAAAUUGGCCGGUGUGCCGCAUGACGCGAGA